AUGGAGGGAAGUUGGCAGUCUCGGGUGUACGGGUUGUCGUCAUUGGCGGUGAUCUUUGCGGACUUCGUGCACCCGUUGAGGAGGUGGUGGCGUGGGAAGAGGGUCGGAAUCACUUGGAAUAUCGACAACAACCGGCGCGAUGUAGCGGCGGCUCCCUCCAAUGUUGAGCGAUGGUGGAGCUCCUUGGUUUUCUUGGUUACAUGUUCUUACCAUGGAGAAAAGGAGUGGAGUAAUUGGCUUGUGGAGGAGGUGACGAGUGUUGAAACUGACAAUGAGGUGUUGAACGACGGUUUCGGGUUUAUGUAUGGUGGAUGUUCGAAGGGAAAAAGAAAUGAGGAAUUUGAGGCAAGAAUGAACCGUCAAGGUCAAGGCAAUAGCUCCAAUCCUUUUCAAAUUGGAAACUUUGACUCCAAUGGUGAUGUUGGUUCUGAUCAACAUAAUGUGGUUCCUGAUGGACACACUUCCAAGAGAGAGAUUGGUCAAACCAGUUCUGGUAUCGAUACCCAAAACCAUCCUUUCGGUGAUCAGAUUGUCACGACGCAAAGGUCUGAACCAAGAUUUAAUCCUCUUAUACAAAAUAAUAACAGGGUCACCGAUAAUGGCCCGAUCGAACCAUCGGUAGUGGCCGAUUCUGUUCCCCUCCAACAUAGCUUUGAUGCAAGUAAGAGAAAUGGACCAUACAUAUCAUUACACCUUCUUCGAGCAGGAGCAACAACAGGUGGUGAUAACAUUCAAAACUCCAGUGGUUCUUCGAGUCCAGUCAUGAUUCAUUCAGGAGUAGCUGGAUAUGUUAUUGAAGAAAAUAUAAGUCCAGAUGGUCUUCCGGUUGAUGGUAAAAGAAGGCUUUUAAGCAAAAGAAAGGCUCUUGAAUUGGGUUCAAGCUUUGCACGUGAAGCUCAGAAUUCUCAACAGGAAAGGACUAUUGCCCAAGACAAUGUUAGCAUCUUAAAUGUAGCAGCUAAUUCCUUCAAUGAUCAUUCAAGACUUGGGGCUGCAUUGCUAACAUCCUGUAACUUGUAUCAAAUUCCAAUUGAGGCUAGGCAAGUUGAUAACUUUCAAAGAAACUUGUGGACAUGGAACUCGAGAAAUUCUAAUGCACAACCAACUGGCCAACUCCCCUUUAUCCUUACAAGCUCAGUACCAGCGCCAGUGCUAGUAAAUUCAACCGUGCAGCCAACUGUGCAAGUCCCUAACUCAUCGCAAGCUCUGCAACAUUAUUGGAAUGGGACAAACCUGUCAUGGGUUGGUUGUUCUUCUGUCUCUCUUGAUCAUACUGCAAACGUAAGAGAAACUUUGCAACAGGAAGAGAACCUCGGAAACAACACAAGAAAUAAUAUGAUUAUUUCUUCGGUAAACGUGCCAACAAACAUGAACUCGGUCAAUGAGAAUACAAACGCCUCCUCUUUGAGAAUCCAAGAGGGUUUAAACAUGCAUCUACCAAAUUCAUCCAUAAGCUCAUCUAGUCCAAAUACGGCUGCACAAUAUGGACAAAGACGGCGAGAUAUUGUGAUCAGUCUAUCUGAUUCCUGGAGACGAGAGAGUUUAUGUCCAAUACUUCCUGGUGCUUCUCCUGAUGCCCAAGACAUUGACGUUUCAAUAAGAGGUGGCAAUGCCAGGCCUGCCCAUGUUCAUCCGAGUUUUAGCCGGAGAGUUGAGAUACAAGCUCAUAGGAGAAGAUUGGUCCACGGUGCCUUUAGACUUGUACGUAUGCCUGGUGACGUACGACUGGAGGAUGUGAUGGUAAUCAAUCCUUCGUAUUUGUAUGGCAUACCUGAGGAUCCUGAUAUUAUCGAGGAUAUGCGGCUUGACAUCGAUAACAUGUCUUAUGUGGAUGAUCCUCCUACUAUUAGAGAGGAUGAAGUGGAUGCUGCAACUGCAUUCAACAUUACCGAAGCAUAG